AUGAAUUUUAUUUUGAUUGUAUUCAUUAGCUCAAUUUAAGCUCUUCCUUUAUAUUUAGGUAUAUUUUCAAAUGAGUAAAAUGAUGCUAAAGUUUAUAUGAGAUUAAAAGUAUUAGAUGCAGUUAAAAUAUUAAUGAAUCAUUAUCCUUAAGAUGAAAAUGUAUAAUGUAAGAAAAUUAAACAAUAUAAGAUAUGUACUAUGAAUUAAUUAAUAAUAAAACAUAUAGAACUCCUCCUAAUCUUCAUAUAACAACAUUUUAUAUAGGAGAUAAUAAAGAUGCAGAAUAAUCUGAAUAUUACAAAAAUUUUACUGUGAAUCUUGCUUAAGAAAUGAGGAUCUAUGCAGUAGCUUUAUUACCAAAGAGAGUAAUUGCAUGUGUAGUUAAAAGAUAAGAUUAUGCAGUUCCUAUUGAAAACAAAUUUCCACAUAUGACCACAUUAUUGGGAAAUUGGACAGCUGUUGACUCAAAUGUCUUGAUGGCAAGUUUAUUUGAUGAAUAUGGACCAUUAAAUAAUAUUUAUUAAAGUUUAUUUUAGCAAUCAGAAAUAAAAGUUUAUAGUACAUUAAUAAAUGGAAAGGGAGAAAAAAAUUUACCUGCAUAUGUAGUUAAAAUGCCACUUCUUUUAGAAGGAGAAACUUAAUAUGGUUUGUAAUGAAUAUUAAUUGAUAG